AUGAUGACAUUCCCAGGUCAUGAUCCUCACCUUUUUAGGUGGAGGAGCAUCGGCAAGAGUAAAAAAACUGCUGACAAGAAUGGAGAUAUCGAUCAGUGGAGGAAGCGAGUGGAGAUGGCGUCCGAGUUUGCUGUAUCGGAAGUCUUCUCCCACAAGAAACCUCAUUCAAGAACCGGCGGCCUAGCUGUACCAUUGCAAAGCUCUGACCAGUUAAGAGAUCAUGAUGACGCUUAUGGUGAAGCUCAGGCUCUUCUUGGUGAUUGGCUGAGCAGUAAGUUGCGCUUGGAGCUGGAGAUGGAGGAGGAAGAUGACCUAAUGUGCUCCGCUGAGAGGAGAAGCCCUGCAGCACUGCCUAGUUCUCAGCCUACCACCCUGAACUACAACAACUUCGAUGAUCUCUACAACUGCCUGGCUGAGGAAGAAGAGCACAGCGCUGUGAACAGCUUCCUACAAGACCUAAUGGAGCAAGAGGUGUUGGACUCAGGGAUGAUGGAGGAACUGGCCCUGGAUGUUGGACAAACAAGGAAGAAGUUCAGAGACCCCAUUGUCACCAUGGAAGCACGACACCAGCAGGUGCGAGAGAACAGGGCCCGGCGUGAGGCUGAAAGGCAGAGGCAGCAGAGAGAGAGGGAGGCUCAGCGGGGUGCCAGAGAGGAAGCAAAGAAGAGGGAGCGGGAGGAGGAGACGAGGAAGAAGCAGGAGGCACGUAGACAGGAGGAGAUGGUGCAGCAGGAGAUGGUGCGACUGCGACGCCAGAUGGAGGAGAGGAGAGGCCUGGAACAACUGGUUAGACAGAGGACCAGAGGGAGAAUGGAAGAGCAGAGGUCAGACAGGAGCCUCCAGUCGGCUCCAACACUUUCCACUAAACCGCACCACCAGCAGCAGGAGGACACAGAGCGGCUGUACAAGGAGAAGAAAAUUCAAACUAUGCUUCACAUGAGCAACCUCAAGUGUUUGCAGAGGCAUUUCUCUGGAUGGUAUUCAGUUGUGUUGGACCGAAGGCUGCGCAUGGGUAAGGCCAUGGCCCUCUGUGACUGGAAGAGAAAGCUGAGAGCGUGGCGAGCUUGGCGAACAGCCGUGUGGGCAGAACAGAAGCGGCGAGAGGUGGCGAGAACAGAGGAGGGGCUAAGAACUGAAACCAGGCAAUGCCAGCUGGCUGUGGAGAGUGACCACAGGCGGUUGCUGCGGCGAUGUCUAAAUGAGUGGCAGUUAUGGUCUCGGAUGGAGCGGGAACAACGAGAGCUCUUGGCCCAGCAGCAAGAAACCCGUCGCAAGAUGGCCGCUUUAAUCAGCGCUGCAUCAACAGGCAAACUCAAGGCCACAGAAACCCCCGCUUAUCAACCAAUAAUGGCCCCAGCUGGGGCAUCUAACCAACCAGAGACCACAGAUAAGGAAGGUCACCACGGGUCAAGCACUGUAACCCCUGCCACCCCUGCAGUACAUCAGGAUAAAACACCUGCGGCUCCUGUGACCCAACCCACUCAGCCAUGGCAGGUGACCCGACGGCAUGUAGCACCGACUGCUGCUGAGCUCUGCGAUGCACGGCAAAGAGGUGAGGGCGGGGGCUUCACCUGUUCAAAAAGCGCUGUGUCACCUGGCAGCAGGUUUGAGAACAGACACGCCGUCCAGCAGCAGAUCAUAACACAGCAAAGGAAGCUGCUGAAGGAGCAGCAAGAGCAGAUUGCGCAGCUGAAGGAGGAGCGGAGCAUGAUGGGUUUGGAGCUGGAGAUGGAGAGAACGGCACAGCUCUCACAGCUAUCAAUGCGACGAGGCUCGAGACCAAAGAGCCACAGUUUUGACCCCAAGGAGCAGAGGGCACUGAGAGGUGCUGGAGAACCUGACAGUCGGUGUACACCGUCAAGAAAAGCUGUCACACGCCAGACAUGUCCUCAUCCAAUCAUCACGGCCAUGGAGGUCCGAGCACAUCAACGCGCAGAGCGAAGAAGGGAAAUCGAAGAACUCAAGAGAAAGAAGGAAGAAGAAAAGCUGGCUGAGAUGAAAGCCGCUGAGGAGCAGAGACAGAGGGAGGAGGAGGAGGAAAAACGCAAAGCAGCAGAGAAGAGGAAGGAGGAGAAAAGGCUGGAAAGAGAGAGGGAAGAGGAAAAACAGAGGCAACUGAAAAGGCAACAGGAGCUCCUGAAACUGGCCCAUCAACACUACCACAGGACCUUGUUGCUACGGAGAGGCCUGGCACCAUGGAAACGCCUCAUUCAGCUCAGACAAGCCAAUAUACAGCUGGCCGAGAGUCAUCACAAUCUCUUCCUCCUGAGGCGGUGCACACGAAGCUGGCAGCAAUCAGCAAGAGAGUCCCUGUCUGAGAAACAAGCUUCUGCUGACCAACUGCACCAGCACUUUUUGCUUCGGAGGAGCAUAAGCUGCUGGAAAAGACUAAAGGACUGGCGGAUGAUUCAGGAGGAGCGAGCCGAGCGGUUCUAUCGCGCACACACUCUGAGGAGGUUUCUGCUGGCACUGCUGGACCAUGUGACCCAGGAGAGGCUGGUGGAGUGGGACCGUCAGGAGCUGGCUCAGGAGCACAAUAACAGACGGGUGUUGUUGCGAUGUUUCCUGGCCUGGAGGCAGCUUCCAUGUCUGCUGCGCAAGGAAAGAGAGAGAGAGGAGCGGCGGGAGAAGCUGGGGCGGAAGGUGACUCAGGUUCUGCCUGAUUUCUGCUCCCAUCCACUGUAA